AUGGGUGACGCUGGUCCCCAGAACAGUAUUUGUCCCAAAGUGCCCCUGGCACUCCCUUUAGGAAAGGCCAACAUCUUUCCUGCUGGUGAUCCGCAUGCCGUCAGCGUCUCUUUGCCGACAUGGGACGCGGUUAUUGGACUAUCUCGGAAAGAGACUUGGGUAAUGGAUACUCUGGAAUGGAGCUAUCCACGGUUUUAUAUCAAUAAGCCAGUCAAAGACCUCUGCAAUGCCGUCUUGCAACGACUAAGCAUCACCGACGGGAACAUCGGCUGCAUGAUUUUCCCCUCGCCUCGUGCUGCACUGCAACUAUCUAAAAUACUCGAAAACGCCCCCGUUGAUAGUCCAUAUAUAGUUGAUGUCAUCCGGUUUUCCAUGCAUCCAGAGUCAGAUGCAGCUCCUAACUGGGCUAGUUUCAGUGCGGUUUUAUUCCCGCUCGAUCUGCUGAAACAAGCAAUGGGCUUCUGGCGCGAUACUGGAACAGGGAUAUCCACACGACACGCAGAGUUCUGUCUCUCUCAGUUUGACUAUCUAGUUUCCGACCCAGCAACGACUAAGACAUUCUGCGCUGUAGCUGCCCGGAAUCGCCCAAGCCUUCUAGCUGAGAUUCCGUCUGCCGCAGCCGAGGAGGUGAAGUCAGUCAUCGCAGGUCUGGCUACUGGGCAGCUAGCAGUGAGCCCAGACGAUGUGUUUCUAUAUCCCAAUGGGAUGAAUGCCAUAUACGCACUUUCGGAGACUUUGGCCUCUCUUGCAACGGAGUCCAAUGUUGCCGCAUAUGGGUGGAUAUAUCCCGAAACAAUCGAAGUCCUCCGGCGAAGCCCCUGGGCCACGCGCCUCUUCUAUAAAAACGGCACCGAGGAUGAGCUGGAUCAUCUUGAGCGAGAAUUGAAAUCCGGGCUGAAACUCCACGCUCUAUUUACCGAGCUACCCAGUAACAUCAAACUGUCCUCACCAAAUCUAGCCCGCAUUCGCGCCCUUGCGGAUAGAUAUGGCUUUAUUGUAGCCUGUGAUGACACUGUUGCCGGCUAUGUCAACAUCGAUGCGAUUCCGUAUGUGGAUGUGAUGAUGUCCAGUCUUACAAAGACCUUCAGUGGCUAUUCCAAUGUCACGGGAGGAAGUCUUGUAUUAAACCCCAGCUCGGUUCAUCACGACAAGGUCCACGCCGCUGUGUCGGCUGCCUAUGAAAACACCUAUUUCCCUCUAGAUGUCGAUACGCUUCUUGUAAACUGCAGAAAUAUUGCUUGGAGGGUUGCUCGGUGCAAUGAAAACACUCUCCCCGUUGUCGAUUUGCUGCGGAAGCACCCUUUGGUUGCCCAAGUCAACCACCCAUCCAUUGGGCCCACGGCGCCACUGUAUAAAAGCUUGAUGCGCAAAGAUGGCGGUUAUGGGAAUGUUCUUAGUAUCAUCUUCCAUGAUCCCAUACGGGCAGAAUACUUUUACAAUGUUCUGAAUGUGUGCAAGGGCUCGAGCUUUGGCACAAACUUUACCUUGGCUAUCCCUUAUGUGCAAUUGGCAAAUUACUGGCAGCGGGACAAGGUUCCGAAAUAUGGCGUGCCACAGCAUAUUAUCCGGCUCAGUGUUGGGCUGGAGGAUAGCGAGCAGAUUGUCAGCGUGGUUGCUGCUGCACUGGAAGAAACAGACAACUGGAAGGGCACAAGCUGUGUUGCUUGUAAACCAUAG